GGCGGAGCUGCCUGGGGGGCGGGAGGCAUCUGCCAUGAAUCCACCGGGAUCGCUGGGGGUCCUGGAGGAGAAGGAGGAGGAACACUUACCCACCCCGAUUCUCGGGCCCUCGAUACAUUCCGAUAACCCUCAGGAGCGGAUCCAGGCCCGGCGCCUCCGCAUCGCGGCGCGCCUGGAAGCUCGGAGGCGGGAAGCGCUUGGAGAAUAUUUAGAUGGGAAAAAGGAAAGUGAGGAAGAUCAAAGCAAAAGCUACAAGCAGAAAGAAGAGAGCCGACUGAAAUUGGCUAAACUACUGCUCUGUGGCACUGAGUUGGUGACCAAUGUCCAGGUAGCCGCGGAUAUCAGAGAGACCCACAGGCGAGUUGAAGAAGAGGAGAUAAAGCGUCAGAGACUUGAAAAGCUGGAGAAUGAAGUCAAGACCAGCCAGGACAAAUUCGAUGAAAUCACUGCCAAGUGGGAGGAGGGCAAACACAAGAGGAUUCCCCAGGCCCUGUGGGACAUGCUCAACACCCAGCAGUUGCACUGCGCUGCGCUGAUAGAAGAUAAGAACAAGCUUAUCAGUGAGUUACAGCAGGAGUUAAAAACAAAGGAUGACCAGUAUGUGAAAGAUUUGAAGAAACAGUCAGAUGACAUCUGCCUGCUCCUGGAGAGGAUGGAAGAACAAGUGAAGAGUGUCAUGAAAACCUUUCGUCAGGAGCUGCAUCACAUUGAGACAGCAUUCGAGGUGGAACGACAGGAGCUACUGACCAGUAAUAAGAAGAAAUGGGAGCGGGCGCUGCAGGCUCACAAUGGCAAAGAGCUGGAGUAUCUCAUGAGCCGCAUCAAGAAAGUCGAGGACUAUGAGAAGCAGCUGAACAAGCAGAGGAUCUGGGACUGCGAAGAGUACAACAUGAUCAAGAUCAAGCUGGAGCAGGACGUGCAGAUUCUUGAGCAACAGCUUCAGCAAAUGAAAGCAACUUACCAGCUGAACCAAGAGAAGUUAGAGUACAACUUCCAGGUGCUGAAGAAGAGAGAUGAAGAAAGCACGGUGAUCAAAUCCCAGCAGAAGAGGAAGAUCAACCGCCUGCAUGAUAUACUUAACAAUCUGAGAUCAAAAUAUACCAAGCAGAUAAAGCAGUUUCAGGAGGAGAACCAGUCACUAACCUCAGACUACAAACGCCUUGUGAAGCAAUUCAAGGAGCUACAGAAAGCCAUGAGGCAUUUUGCUCUCGUCGAUGAGGAGCAGUUUCAGGAGAUUUGGCUGAUGAAUGAAGAGGAGGCAAAGGAUCUGAUAAGCAGAGCCUUUGAUGUAGACAGGAUCAUCCAUACCCAUCACCUGGGGCUGCCCUGGACAGCGCCUGAUUUCUGGUUCCUGAAGAACGUGGGCCCUAUUUCUCAGCAACAGUGGAAGUCGGCCACACAAAUAUUAGAAGAAGUGCUGAUGCAAACAGAAGAGGGGGGCGCAGAAGAUGGGAGGGCAGAAGAGGAGGGGGCAGAAGAGGGCGCCUCGGAACCGGAGUCUUACCUCGACCCGCCAAAGAAGGUUUCAGCAAAGACUACCAGGAAGAUCCUGAUGCUUCUCUGUGACGAGUCGGGUUUCCUCAUAGACAGCAAGCUGCUGAGACUUCUCCUCCCCCUGGAGAAGACCGAACGCUAUAUGCUGAGGCUGGACGCCAUCUUCUCAGCCAUUGGAAUUGAAAGUGAGGAUGACUUGUAUAAACUGGUGAACUUCUUCCUCAAAUACCAAGCUCAUCAUUCACUCUCCAGUCAGGAGCAAGCAAGCCUGAUGUCAGCGCUGGAGCCAGCAGAGCAGGCAGAUGUUGAGGGAGGGAAGCAGGAAAGCCUUGUGGAAGGGGAGCUGGAAGAGAAGGAGACCCCCCCCUCUCCCGGGCUCAUCCACCCCAAUGAUGUCCUCAAGAUUCUGGAGGCCUUUGUCAUGGGUCUGAAGAAGCCUAGGGACUCUCGGGCGCCAGUGAAGUUGCUGAAGGACGUGCGUGAUGACUCAGAGGACUCUGAGUACUGGAAGGCCCUGGCCACAGUUAUCCCCGACGCCACGCAGAACCUCUGGGAUGCGCUCUACACGGCCUUGGAGAAAUACCACCUCGUUCUGACGCAGAGGGCCAAGCUGCUGAUGGAGAACAGUUCUCUGGAGCAGCAGAACACAGAGCUCCAGAUGCUGCUGCAACAGUAUCUGAAUUCCAAGAGGGAAGAGUUCACUCAUAACACAGUUGCUGGCUCUGCUGUGCUGAUGUAGCGUCCUUCAUGUGGUCCCGAGGCCAUGGGCCAGGAGGGUUGUGUCACACUGGGCCGAGCGUCGGUCCUUCAUCAUCAGCUGUGCAUGUGAGGCCAGCCACAAGCCCAGGCACUGGGGGUGUGUGGCCCCGUGUGGUCUCAGGCCCAGGCCACACCUGAAUGGGGAUGUGGUAAGCCUGAGUGUCGUAACGGCUUCUUGGCCUGUGACAGGUCU